AUGGCGGCCUCCCUGGUUCUGCAGGGUCUGGCCCCGAUGGGCUGCAUAUCCCAUGCUCACAGAGUACCCUUAUCUCACGGAGCCGAUAGCGCUCUUGCAAACAGGGUGAACGUUCCUAAAACCCGCCGGACUUUCUGCAAGAAGUGUGGCAAGCACCAGCCCCACAAAGUGACACAGUACAAGAAGGGCAAAGAUUCUCUUUAUGCCCAGGGAAAGCAGCGUUAUGACAGGAAGCAGAGUGGCUAUGGUGGGCAGACUAAGCCGAUUUUCCGGAAAAGGGCUAAAACUACAAAGAAGGUUGUGCUGAGGCUUGAAUGUGUUGAGCCCAAUUGCAGAUCUAAGAGAAUGCUGUCUAUUAAGAGAUGCAAGCAUUUUGAACUGGGAGGAGAUAAGAAGAGAAAGGGCCAAGUGAUCCAGUUCUAAGCUUCAUAUUUUGUUAAUACUAUGAAGACAAUAAAAUCUUGAGGUUAUGUUCACUUC